GCGCGUUUCCAAGACGACAACAAGUCACUUUGCAUGCUUGACGUUCGCCGGCCACAGAAAUCACAAUGGCCGGCAAGGGAAAGGAGCGGGACAAGGAGCCGCUGGAUUUUGUGCACCAGAAUGCCAUUCUGUGCGAAACCAUCCGCAAGGAGCAGCACUGCCAUAAGAUCUACACGACGUUCAACAUCAACCAGUUUACGAAACUUUACCCUUUAACUGGGAAGCCCAUGUCAAAAGAGGCAAGCCAGGAUAAUGAAGAAGACGAAAACUUUUUGAAACUUUUCCACAAAGCGAGGCUGGAACCUACAAAGAAAUUCACUCACCCCCAGACUGAGAGUCAGGAGAUUGGCUGGAUAACAACUCCUCUGACUACUGUCGACCACACCGACCGAAGGCUUAACUUUCACCGGAAGAACUCAGAAAUAACUACAUAUAUGGAGGCGGCAUGGCGGCUGAAGGAGCAGACACAGAAUCUGGCGUAGGCCACCCACGUGUCCACUGUGUCAUUUAGACGGGGGAUAAAACUGUAGAGUUUUGACAUGUCUGAAGGCGGAUGUGGGAGAACGUUCAAGAACUUUCAUCCAGUGUCACAAUCAAAUCUUCUAAAAUAUCAAUUAAAAAAAUGUUCUUCUUUAAAGGUUCAAAUGGCCCUGAACCUGGUGGAAGGAUAAUUUAAUGGCUUACAUAAGUUCUACAGUGCACACCAAACCUGCUAUUGUGUAUACACACACACACACGCAGUAACAUACGAGGGGGGACCCAAAAAUAACAGGAAAUAAAUAAAUAACAACAACAAAAUUCCGGUUAUUUUUGGGUCCCCCCUCAUACUUUACUAGACCGUUGUGCUUACUUCCAGUAAUCUAUCUGUGAAGUAUAUGUGGACUACAUCAAAAUACUGCAUGUUAAUUUAUAGAUAUACAAAUUACUGUUUGGCUCACAUGGUGGUGCAGAUCAAAACUUUCAAAACAGGAUAUGUUUUGUUAUUUGAAAAUAAAUUUUCUACCUAUACAAUCUUCCAAUAUUUAUAGUAGUUAUGAAUAUUAACUAAAUUUAGCAGGUUAAUUUCCUAAAUAAACUCUGAGAAGCUUGGUUAUUAUGUAAUUGGGUGUUCUCCAGCACCAUUUGGAAAACUUCUUUUCAUUAAAAAAUACAGAGAAGUUAAAGUCUAACAAACACUCAUAUUUAUUUACGAAAAAAUAAAGUGAAUUAUAAACAGA